AGAAAAACACAGGGCGUAACGGGGCGAACGCGUCUUUUUCUUGCCAAAAACAUCGGCGUGCGAGUGUUCGACCGUGAGCCCCGGCAAGAAAAGGGAGAAGAGGGAAAGGAGGGAGGAAAACAACAGGCAAGCGAGCCAGUCAACAGCAACGGCCCGAGCCGCGGCUGUGUCAAGGCACAUUGCAAUGGGCUGAAGAGUACCACGAUGGGGUGGCGUUCUCGAGGAGAUAUAAGGGGCUGCCUUUCUUCUUCCCUCCCUUUUUUUUUCUCUCACCCCAUCUCCUUCUUCUCCCACAUUCUCAGCUCUCUCAUUCGAGCGAGCGAUGCUGGCCAUCGCUCCUCGUACAAAGGCCCUCGGCCGUCUCUUGCUCUUUUCGCUCUUCCUAACUACCUCUCCGCUUGUCGCCGCUCACCCAUCUCCUCCAGUCAAUGAGGGUGCGCAAGACGCGCGCAAACUGGUUGAUGCCGGUCUGGGCAAGCUCCAGAGUGAGGUCAAGUACGGCGCCAAGUGCGCUCUCAAUCCCGUGGAUUGUACCGAGGCUGCGGCCAAGAGCAGGCUCCAUCACGUCGAAGAAGAGAUCCAUCUCGCAGGCGACAGGGUCAAAGCCGUGGCCAACUGCGCUCGCAAUCCCAUUGCUUGCACCAAAAAGAAGGUCAUCAACGGCUAUCACAAUGUUGAAAGCAAGCUCAAGAGCUCGGCCAUGUGUCUCAGGCACCCCCAACGCUGCGCCGAAGCAAGGUACGAAAACGCGUUGCAGACCUUCCAUAAUGACAUGAAAAAUAAAGAGAACGAGUGGCGAGCCGACGCAGCUAGACUGGGCGGAGGAAUCCCCGUCCAAAAGCGAGACGUGCUCGUCGUCGACUUAGAAGGUGACGCCAGCGGUACUGACGACAACAAGCUUAUCGUGGAUAGCAUCCAGCCUAUGCCCAUACACCAUCGCAUUGACGUAGUUUCCGAGGACUUGCUCCAGGAGCUGCCCACCUCGUCCAUCGUGCUCAGCGACAACCACGACGACGGUGGCGACGACGGUGAGCGCCUGCAGCCCCGCUUCUUGAGCGCGGCCCUCACCGGCGGCUCGCUGCUUAUGGAGCAUGGCCCCAAGGCCGUCAAGAGCAUUGCCGGUCUCGUCAAGAAGAUCCACAAGCGUUCCGUCGACGACAACGAUCUCGAAAGCACCGAGUAUCCCGAAAUGGCGAGCGAAGAUAACGGGAGCGAGCAUCACAUCUUCCGUAGAUCUCCUAUCAAGGAGCGGUCGGGAAAGUACGAAGAUCCACCGCCAAAGAAGUAUACUACGCCACAGGAUGAGAAGAUUAUUGCUUCACCACACAAGGGGCACAAUACUGUGCCACACCAGCAGAAUCCGGCUCUGCCAUACCAGGAGCGUCUGGCUCUGACAAACACGGAGCACAACACUCCGCCAGACCAUGAGCCCAACACCCCACCGCACCAUGAUCCCAACACUCAACCACACCGUGCUCCCGUCACUCCACCACACCAUGGUUCCACCGGUCCGCAACCACACGAGCCUAUCGUCCCGCCACACCAAGUGCAGCCCACUUUGACCCCCCCUGUGCAGACCACUCCCCAACCCCAUGUACACACCACUCCGCCACACGAGACGCCCCCGCCCGUGCACCCGAACCCGACGCACCACAAUCCCCAGCACAUCGCCACCGGUUAUCCCCAUCCAUUGCCAAAGGCCGGUGGCGGCAUGGGCAAGAUGAUUGCGACUGGGACCAUGGCUGGCAUGCUCGCCGGUACCCUUACGCCUCUGGUACUCCAUGGUGCACACCAGGUCAUGCAGUCGGUGGGAUUGGAGGAGAAGAAAGAGUCAGAAAAGUCCGAGCGAGAGGCCGCAUCUCGCUAUCCCUACAUCCACGCCCAGGUCUACCACAUGCCCGGAAUGCACAGUAUGGCGUCUCCUCCUCUCGUUCCUGCUGUUGCUAAGCGCGACUACCACCCCGUCGAGGGUCGCACACGCCACGAUCUCGCAGAGGAGGCUGACGGGGAAAAUGAGGAAACGAUGUUCAAGCGUAGCUCCUUGGCGAAGCGGGAAGGCGGAGACGACCAUAUGGAGAUCGAUGGCGUGCCGCAGCCUGCGAAACCCGACACCAAGAAACAUGCUAGGGAGAAUGGCAAGGAGCCGGUAGGUCCGCAUCCGAAGAAGCACAAGGGAAAUGAAGGGUCACCACAUGUGCACUGGUCAACACAUUCGGCAGGAAUACCGUUCCCUGAAACGGAAGAAGAAGCAUUAAAGUCGGCACAAAUCGCAUAUGAAGACUUUCAUAAGCAACUCGAGGAUUAUGGCAAGCCAGGCUGGAAACCUCCGCCAGGGCCAAAGGUGAUGUACCGUCUGCCCGUCGAGGAUUAUGACUGGGAUCCACUCCUCGACCAGCCCUUCCCGAGCGAUUCGAAUGAAGAACAUUAUCACACCGAAGCCGAGCACGCAAGCCUACACCACGGAGGUGCACAAAUGCAUGAGCAUGGGAAAACCGUUCCGCAGGGUCAUCGUGUAGCUUAUUUCCGUCACUCCGUAGGUGGCCCUCAGGGAGCUGUUGGAUCCGAGCACCACUCGCGCUCACCCGGCGGCAUAUUCAAGCGUAGCCCCAUGGAUCAGGGAGAGCCCGAUGGCGACCGCAGUGUCACCUCGCGCCUUCCGAGGGUCAGGACCAAGACGCAUGAAGGAGAAGAGGGUGCCAUGGAGCUGGCAAGCGCGCAUUCGCAGAAACACGAGGGAAAUGAAGCAGAACACAGCCGUGGCGAUGAAAAAAGACCAUCAACGCAAUGGCCUCAGUCUCCGCGGCCUGAAAAUUUGUCAUUGUCACCGAUUUCGCCUGUGCCACCGAUUUCGCCUGUGCCACCGAUUUCGCCUGUGCCACCGAUCUCGCCUCUUUCAUCGAUUUCGUCUGUGUCAUCGAUUUCGCCUGUACCACUACCUUCGCCAUUUCGUUCAUCUGCGCAAUUGCGUCAACUUCAUAAGGAUUUGCUGAAAGGAUUUCAGCAGAAAUGGCCAGAACAUUCGGAUUUCAAUCCCGAAGGCUAUCAUGUUGAUGGUCAUGAGAGCGAGGGCCGGAAACUUCCACCGUGGGGACAGCACCAGCACCAGCACCAGACGCAAAUUUACGAUCCGGCCGUCGAACACUCGGACGUUGGUUCAAGUGAUUACCAGUCGGCUCUAAGCGACGACAUGGAUGAGGAUUAUCAUUCCGCAACCGAAGAUCAUCACUCCGAGACCGAGGAAUAUAAUUCCGGGAACGAGCAUGCAAGAUCGCACCACAAAGGUGCACGAACGCAUGAGCAUGGUUCCCAUGGUCAUGGUGUAACCCACUCACAUCACUCCGUCGGUGGCCCUCAGGGUGCUAGUGGGCCCGAGCUCCACCAGCAUUCGCACGACCACAUAGUCAGGCGCAGCCCCAUGUUUGGGGGCAACCUCAUCGAGUUCGACGGCAUGCCGCCACUUCGGAGGAUCAAGACCAAGGCGCAAGUAAGCGAGAACAUUAUGGAGCCAGCAAGCCCGCAUUCGCAGCAUCACAAGGGCAAGGAAGCACGACUUAGCCGUGGUAUUGAGGGAUGGUCACCAUCAGCGCGAUCGCCAACAUCUUCACGACCAGUAUCUCCCCCAGGGACACCACAUUCUUCGCAACGGACACCAAGUCCGUCGGAGUCAUCACAUUCCUUUUUGGAUCACAUGCCACCACCUUUGCCAUGGCAACCAGAUACGCUGAAGACGCCUCAAGCUCCGCAUGGGUCACCAAUAGCUGCGCCUUGGUCACCGUUUGAUUCGCUUUGGUCGACAUCAUCUUUGCACGGGUCGCCACGUUGGCCUGGGACAACACACCCGCAAGGCUCACCACAAAGCUCACCACAAAGCUCAUCACCAGAUUCACCGCAUCUGCCAAGUUCACCAGAGGUUAGGAAGGCCCUGGAACAGAAUUAUAGCGCCAUGUUACGCCAGCUCGAUCGUACAGACUUGCAUAAGCCCGGCUGGAAACCCCUGUCACGAUCAAACAAAUGGUACCGUCUGCACGAGGAGCCUUCGGAUUACGGCGAGUUGGCUCCGAGUGAUAAUGAAGAGGAUUACCACCCCGGAUCCGAGCGCGCAAGCCCGCACCACGGAAGCGCACAAACGCAUGAGCACGAGAAAAAUAUUCCGCAGGGUCGUCGUGUUCUGCGAUCCUAUCACUCCGUCGGUGGCGCACACCGCGUCCAAAGUGACGGGGGCACGAGACUCCACAUCUGGGCUGAGCCACAAGAGACCGCUGCGAUCCCUGAUGGUAGCGCUUUUGGAUUCGAGCACCACUCGCGCUCGCCCGGCAGCAUGUUCAAGCGCAGCCCCAUGGAACCGGGCAACCCCCUCGAGAUUGAUGAAAUGCCGCCCCUUCGGAGGAUCAAGACCAAGACACAUGCUAAUGAGAAUGUUGUGGAGCCAGCAAGCCCGCAUUCGCAGCCUCACAAGGGACAUCAGGCAGGACCUAGCCAUGGUAAUAAGGGACGGUCACCAUCAGCACAAUCGCCUACAUCUUCCGAGCCUGGAUAUUCGCCCGGGUCAUCACGUUCUUCUUCGCACUGGGAAACACCCCCAUCAGGGACGUCCAGUAAUUACCGAUGGACACCACCUGAGCUGUCACCAACUUUGCAAAAUUUACUAUAUGCGCCGUGGACACCACAGUCUUCGGCAUCGAUGCCGCAUUCGCCAAAUGUACCACAUAUUGACCCAUGGAUGAGUUCUUCAUCGGCGCAGACUUCGCCAACGACAUCAUACACCUCGCCAUGGUCAUCACAUUCGUCGGUGUCAUCACCUUCGUCAGUGUCAUCACCUUCGUCAGUGUUCUCACGUUCGUCAGUGUCAUCACGUUCGUCAGUGUCAUCACGUUCGUCAGUGUCAUCACCUUCGUCAGUGUCAUCACCUUCGUCAGUGUCAUCCACUUCCUCAGUGACAUCAGACCACAGCGACAUGGCACAUCAUCCAGAUUUUCUUGGACAUGUCUGGUAUCCAAGCCAAGGCGAAGAGGAAGAGGAAGAGGAAGAUUACGACGUUUGGAGAUGGCGGGGAGCUCGAGGGGAUUGCUCAUAUUUGGCUGUCGAGCCUUGGGACAUCCACCCGGGCUGCUACGAGUCGACCCCAAGCGAAACGGAUGAAGAUCAUCACAGCGGGCCCGAGCACGCAAGCCCACACUACAGAGGUGCUCACGGGAAAUCUAUUCCGCACGCUCAUGAUCUUGCCCACUCACAUCACUUCUUUGAUGCCUCCCACGUCCAUGGUUCAGGCAGUGACGAUCAUAAAACUCACACAGGGGCCAAGAAUGUGAACACCAAGGGAAAGGAGCCAGCAACCUCCUCCCAUACGGAGCACAAGGUGGCUAGAAGUAGUCAUAAGCAUUCACACCAGGGACUGCUCAAACUGCAGUCGACUCCAUUUACCGAUCCACAUCUCAAACUCAUGGCUGGUAUGCACGAAAAGGCCCGAAGCGAUAGCGAAGACGAGCACGGGUCCCUCCGGCGCCGGGCUCUGACAAGCGCAGGGGUGGCGAAGCUGCUGGCUGCGAGUGGUGCGGGCGCGGCGCUCACGGCAGGGACCAUCUAUGCAUAUCAACAGGCUCACGCUCAUGACCCCAACGAAAAACUCGACCCCUACAACAUGCCCCUUUUCCGACGCUCUUGGCCCGGAGACAGCAAAGAAGAAGAGGGCGGAGAUGCUGCUGCUGUUGCUGCUGCUCCUCUUCAGGUCCACGACGUGACUGGUUCAGACGGCAGCGGGGAACCCACUUUCGGCACUAGCAUGGCUAAGGGCUGGGCCGAUGCCCUGAUGAAGCGCGGCGGCGGCGGCCCUGAGCAGCCUGAGCAGCCACAUCCUCAUGAGCAGCCGCAUUCUCACGGUACGUCACCUCUCCACCCUCACGGCACGCCAGAGACACACCUGCAAAAACCAAAGCUGCCCCCAGGGGUCUACUCGACAAAGCAGAAAGUGGGGGGCGCCGCCAUUGUCGCCGGUGCCGUCUUGGGUGUGGGGACGAUGAUUUACAAACAUUUUCACCCCAAUCCCAAACCUCCAGUCGCUGCCGCUCCAGAGACCGUUGCUCCAGUGACGGCAGUCGCGGCAAAGCGGAGCGUUUGGGAUGAUGACGAUGCAGGAGCGUCCGAGCGCCAUCUCCCGCCUCGGAUGGAAAAGCGCGUGGUCAAGUCGUCGAGUGUGCCCGUCGAGGCUGAUGAGCGUCACCUGCUCCGUCGCGGAGAGCCUGAGGAAGCACUGGAAGAUUACGAGCAGCACCACGCCAAGCGAAUGCUUCCCAGCUCGGUCACAGGCGAAGGUGACGAGAACCACAGCAAGCCCAUGUGGGUCAGUAUCGACGUCGACGAGCGUCCGAUACCACCCCGCAUGCUGUCUACGAAGGCUCGCGAAUCUGAGGUGCAGAAUGAGAUCGCAACGGUCCAGAAGGCUGGCGAGCUCUCGCGUGCGACCCUGGCUUUGCUCGGUAAAGCAAUCGGCGCCCACGGGGCCGAGGCAAGCCCCAGGCACUUGACGAUCUCGUCUGAACCUCCCUUUUCGACAUCGAAGAACACCGUGAUGGACGAGGUAGAGCAGCCCGUCCAGUCACUUUUGCAACUUCCCCAAGGCCAGGCAAUCGUCGUCGUUUGAUCGUCUGACCUCUCCAAAAGUCUUCUACAUCUCUUCUCUCUUCUCCCGUCCACUGUUUCCCUUCUCGCCAUCAUUUCUCUCCUCGCCACCGUUCCCUCUUCAUUUACCGUCCUCUUCUACUCCAUGAUGUCCUCUUGUCGCUUCGUCGUCCUCUCCUCUGUCUACUCAAAUUCAUGAUCAAUACAUGUUCCACACUCUCAAC